AUGGGAGGCAGUUCUUCUAUUCCAGUUCUUUCCACAGAAUCUGCAGCGAUAGCGAAUGAGGUACGAAAACAUCCUGUUGUGAUGUACACGAAAGAUUAUUGUCCUUACUGUGUUCGAGCGAAAAAUGAGCUGCAACAGGAUGGAAUAGAGUACGUUGAAAAGAGUCUAAGCGACGGUGGGCAGAGUGACGAGUCUACUGCGAAAGGAUUAAUAGAAUUAACUCAAUGCAAGACCGUGCCUCAGAUUUUCAUAUGUGGAAAGUUUAUUGGUGGGUACAACGAGCUUCACGCUCGCAGAAAGGAUCUGAUCACGAUGAUCAAACAGUGUUCUACCGAUGGUAAAACCAUCCACGAGUCGGCAUCUCCGGGCACGACGAAGUCGAACAUUUAA